UCGACCUCACGUGGCUCGACCGGUCAACAAAAAGAACAUCAUCGAAAUCGCUUUGAGACCGUUGAUCCGUCGUGGGUAAAGACCGGAAGUGGCGGGCCGCUGGGUGACUAUGACUGGGGUAAUUCGUCAAGUCUUCCCCAGCCUGUUGAGCAGGAUGGGGAGCAGAGCAACAAUGAGCCAAGUUCAAUUCAACAGUAUGGGGCACUUGCCCCUAGCCCGUCCUUACUGCAACAAGAAGACCACGAGCAUGGCAGCCAGACAAGCUCGGGAGAACAGAUUCCCGCGCGCUCUGUUCCGAGAAUUGGCGGCAUACAGCCAAGCAUGCUGCGAUGUGCCGACUGUGGAAGUGUCUACGCCAGGCGAUGCGAUCUGAACAAAGACCUUGAUCGUCAUCGCAACGAGAGGCAUUCAGACGUUGGGCCCUAUUUUUGCCCUAUCGCGGGAUGCAAAUACUCCCAGGAGAAAGGUAUUGGCAUCAAGAGGAAAUACAACUGGCAAAGACACGUACGAACACAGCAUCGCGAUUAA